AUGAAACUCUUUAUCAGUUUUCUCAUUAUUAAUUUCUUCAUUAUUGAUGGUAUACAAAACGUACCUGUCAUACAUCCAAUCCAUGUUCAAACAGCUCUUUUACGUCCAAUACCUCUUCGAUUUACAUCUGGUUAUGUGACAACUCGAAAGCCCAUUACAUCACCUGUCAUUAGUAUUCGUCCUACAAAACAUUCCUGGUGGCAUCAGCGUAGUUCUACUCAAUUAACCAAUCUGAUUCCAUCUUUAGCACCAUUUACAAUUCAUUAUUAUUCAUCAUGGUGGUAUAGGACAAGUCCCGCAGUUAGAAUUAUUCUUUAUAUUUUGCUUGGGGGAGGUUUGAUUUCUCUUACAUGUAAAGUUCUCGACUAUUGUUGCACAUCAUCGAAACAACGAAAACCAAGCAAGAACAAUGAACCUCUUGUCACAGAGAAUAAAAUGUAUGUUUCUACAAUUAAUGGUCAACGUGAAGAAGCACCACCAUCAUAUGUAGAAACUCAUAAUGUUUGA